GUUUCAACUGAAAACAUUCCUCUUCGCCUUCCUAAGGAAAAAACACUAGUCGCUCGCUGCUCUUCAAUUUUCUUCUCGAAUCUAAUCGAUUGAUUUCUCCUUCGAUUCUUCAGGAGAAUCACUGAAGCUUUUGCCUCCCAAGUAGAAAGAGAUAUGGCAACUCUUGAAGAUUCUUUCCUUGCUGAUUUGGACGAGUUAUCUGACAAUGAAGCAGAAUUGGACGAGAAUGAUGGUGAUGUUGGAAAGGAAGAAGAAGAUGUUGAUAUGGAUAUGGCUGAUUUAGAGACACUUAACUAUGAUGAUCUCGAUAAUGUUUCUAAGCUGCAGAAGAGUCAGAGAUAUGCUGAUAUUAUGCAUAAAGUAGAGGAGGCUCUUGGGAAAGAUUCUGAUGGAGCUGAGAAAGGAACUGUCUUGGAAGAUGAUCCUGAGUAUAAGCUUAUUGUGGAUUGUAAUCAGCUUUCGGUCGAUAUUGAGAAUGAAAUCGUUAUUGUCCACAACUUUAUCAAAGACAAGUACAAGCUUAAGUUUCAAGAGCUUGAGUCGUUGGUUCAUCACCCUAUUGACUAUGCAUGUGUUGUGAAGAAGAUUGGGAAUGAGACGGAUUUGGCUCUUGUUGAUCUCGCUGACCUUCUUCCUUCAGCUAUUAUCAUGGUUGUUUCAGUUACUGCUUUAACUACGAAAGGGAGUGCACUGCCAGAGGAUGUUUUGCAAAAGGUGUUAGAGGCUUGUGAUCGGGCUUUAGAUCUUGAUUCCGCAAGGAAGAAGGUCCUUGAGUUUGUUGAAAGUAAGAUGGGAUCUAUUGCACCUAAUCUUUCUGCUAUUGUUGGGAGUGCUGUUGCAGCCAAACUCAUGGGGACUGCUGGAGGUUUGUCAGCACUUGCUAAAAUGCCUGCGUGUAAUGUUCAAGUUCUUGGCCACAAGAGGAAGAACCUUGCUGGGUUUUCUUCUGCAACGUCUCAGUCCCGUGUGGGUUAUCUGGAGCAGACAGAGAUUUACCAAAGCACGCCUCCUGGACUUCAGGCUCGCGCUGGCAGGCUCGUGGCUGCAAAAUCAACUUUGGCAGCAAGAGUUGAUGCUACUAGAGGGGAUCCGUUAGGGAUAAGUGGAAAAGCUUUCAGGGAGGAGAUCCGUAAGAAGAUUGAGAAAUGGCAAGAACCUCCUCCUGCAAGACAGCCUAAGCCACUUCCUGUUCCUGAUUCUGAACCGAAGAAAAGAAGGGGUGGUCGCCGUCUAAGAAAAAUGAAAGAAAGGUAUCAAGUAACAGAUAUGAGGAAGCUGGCCAACAGAAUGGCGUUUGGUACACCUGAAGAGAGCUCCCUCGGUGAUGGACUAGGAGAAGGUUAUGGAAUGCUUGGCCAGGCAGGAAGCAACAGGCUGCGAGUAUCCAGUGUUCCGAGCAAGCUUAAGAUUAAUGCUAAGGUCGCCAAAAAGCUUAAAGAAAGGCAGUAUGCGGGUGGUGCGACUACCUCUGGUUUGACAUCGAGCCUGGCUUUCACUCCUGUGCAGGGAAUAGAGUUGUGCAAUCCUCAGCAGGCUUUAGGAUUAGGAAGUGGGACUCAAAGCACUUACUUCUCAGAGUCAGGAACCUUCUCGAAGCUGAAGAAGAUCUAAAAUAUGGAAGACAGAGAUACAAGUCUUGAAAAGCCGAGCACUAAAAGUGUAAAAAUGAAACAAAGGUGGAAAGAAACUGCUUUCUCUAUCUCAUGUCUGUUUUAAGGUUUCUUCGGUCACUUAAGAGACAAAAGGCAUUGUUUUGAUCACUCUUUGGAAACGUUUUAUAAAUUUUAUUUUUGUAUUAGAGCCAUACCUAAAGAUCCAUCUUCUUAUUACCAUC